GACAACUAUUGACACGUGUUUGUCUUUGUGUAUUUUAAGUUUAAAAUAUUAUUAUUUCAAGUAUUUAUUUACACUGUCUGUUUAUCGUGUGUUACAAUUAUGAAGCGAUUUCUAACAAGUUCAGUGAAUUAUCCAAAUAAGAAAAAUGAUAAUCUAUCAAGUUCGAAUGCCACUGUUGUACUAAACAACGAGAUUAUUGACGAUCCUACAUCAGCUAAAACGCCUACAACUACCGAUAUUAUCAAGAUUGAUCAAAAGAAAAAUACGACUGAUGUUGAUGUAUUAUUUUCAAACCACUAUUUAUUUGAUGGACAGUUUUAUAAAGUUUUACAAGUUGAUGAGAAAAGACUAACGGCUGAAUGUCAAACAUGUUCCAAAACCAUACAGGGUCAAAUCAAUUCAACAGGGAAUUUUUUAAGUCAUAUUAAGUAUAAGCAUUCAUCAAUAUUGACAAAAUUACAAAAGAGCAAAGAGAAAAAGAAAUCAAACAUUACCAUAUCAGAUUCAAAUGUAACAUCAUCAAAUCGCCAGUCACAAAUUCAACUACAAUUUUGCCAGUCAAAGAAGAUAUCAAAAAAUAAAAUUACUGACCUAGUCUUUGACUACAUAGUACAAGAGAUGAGACCACUCGCAACCUGCCAAAAACCAUCCUUCAGAAGACUUAUCAUGGGCCUUGCUGGAAUAACUGAUUCUGCUUUACUUCCCAACACAAAAGUUAUAAGUAAAGAAUUACAUUUAAGGUAUAAUUCUUAUGUUACAAUGUUGACGGACUUAAUAUCAAAACAAACAUAUAUAUGCACAACAGCUGAUAUAUGGUCGUGUAACAACAAAAGCUACCUAGGAAUGACAUGCCAUUUUCUUGAUGAGAAUACUUUUAUCAGGCACUCAUACAUACUAGGUUGUCGGCGAAUAAAAGGUAGUCAUACAUAUAUAAAUAUAGCUCAAGUUUUUAGUACAAUUACCCAAACAUUUCAAAUAAAUAAUUCUAAAAUUUCACAUACUGUGACUGACAAUGCCACAAAUUUUGGAAAAGCAUUCAGAAUUUUUUCCACCCCCACAAUUGAAAAUAAUAAUCAGGAUAGUACUACUAAUAGUAACUGGUUUAACGGUACUAGUGAUGAAUCAUCAAGUAGUGAAAAAAGUGAUACUGAUGACGAGGUUGAUGAUACAAGUGCUGAGGUUGAAGUUGUUGAUGUAACAAAAUUAAUUUCCAAUUUUAUACCGUCUAAUUCAAUCGAUUUUGAAGAUGACUUAACUUUGCCAAACCAUUUGACCUGCUCUGCUCAUACAUUAAGUUUAAUCGCUACUACUGAUGUGGCAAAAAUUGCAGACAAGUCAUAUAAUAAUAUCUCCAAGGCUAUAUUUGCAAAAUUAAAUUUAUUUUGGAACCUCUUAAGUAGAAGCUCAGUUGCGUCGGAUAAAGUAUAUGAGAUAUGCCAUUGUAAGUUCCCCGUACCAAUUAUAACUAGGUGGAACUCAAUGUUCCAUGCAGUCAGAAAAGUUGUGGCUAAUAAGGAAAAAUUGGGUGUUGCCUUUGAUAACCUAAAAUUAAAAAAAAUCAAAACUUUGGAGUGGAGUUUUCUUGAGGAAUAUUGUUCUGUUAUGGAGCCUCUAGCCACAUCACUUGAUCUGUUACAAGGUGAAAAAACAUGUUUUUUAGGGUAUGUUGCACCCACUAUAAUUGCUUUAAGAUUGAAAUUAAUUCAAGCAACGCAUUUAGUUUAUUGCAAGCCAUUAGCAUUUUCAAUUGUUCUUAGUCUUGAAAAAAGAUUCAAUUAUUUGUUUGAUUUAGAGCUUUCUAAAAGCAAACCAUUUAUUUUAUCGGCUAUUAGUCUCCCAAAAUUCAAACUUGGGUGGGUACCAGCAAGGCAUUUAGAAAUGUGCAAAAAAUUAUUUUUGUCAGAAUGUAAUGUAUUAAAUAUAACUGAAAAUAAUUUUGAUAUGAGUAAUGAAUCUGAUGAUAGUGAUUGUAGUGACCAUGAGUUUUAUGACAUUCUUAGUGGAGAUGGCUCUGUUCAAGAUGUUAGACCUUUAAAAUUAAAAAGUAAUGCUAAAAGUACAAAUCUAGCAAGUGUACAAGCGCUUUCUUAUUUUGAUACAAAAAAAAAAGAUUUAAAUAUUUUAGAUAUGUUACCCAUUGUUAAAAAAGUUUUCCUCAAAUACAAUACAACCCUACCAUCAUCCGCACCGGUAGAAAGAUUGUUUAGCAGCGGUUCCCAAAUAUUGACUCCAAGAAGAAACCGUCUUACUGACAAAACAUUUGAAAUGUUGUUGUGUUGUAGGUGUUUGAAUAAAUAAUAUAUUGAUGUAAUAAAAUAUAGUAUAUUAA